UAGUUUAGCCCCCAACAAUGUCAUUUUUGUUUAUUUUUCUGCAGUGAACAUGUUUUUGCGUAGAAAGAAAGUUUUCAUCUCAGACCAUGCUCUGUUGUUAACCAUUACACCUCAAGAGAUCGCAGGUGUGAAACUGGACUCUGAGCGGUUUUCUGGUACCUAUACCCCCUUAAGGUUCAUAGAGCUGCCACUCAAGGAUAUUGUUUCCUGGCCACCCCCACUAGAUGAUGAAACGGAGCAAAGGGAAGAGAAUGAGGGGGGUGGAGCUAUGUCUGGUACCCCCAGAGACAGCAGUGGAGGAGCAUGUAAUGUUGUGGUGGAAGAGAUCCCCGAGCAAAACUCGCAGGAAAGUGACAUUUUGCUGGCGCCCAGCGGUGAAGGGAACGGAGACCAUCAUACCAGUUCCACGGAGACUGGACAGGGUGAACCAUGGAAGGUGACAAUAAGGGACACCCAAAGCAAGAUUCUUUUCAGGCUGUUCACAUAUAUAAAAUCUGAUCUGCUGAAACAUACCAGUACCGCACUGGGCCAAAGUUCGAGCGCCGAGCGGUAAAAAGAAGAGACAACUGAAGAUACUGAGGACAAUGAUGAUAGGGACUAGUUAGAAAAGGCUACUUAGUUUUGUAAUUUUUGUGAAUGAUUGACAGUGUAGCUA